AUGAUUACACAACCAAGCAAGCAAGCUCUUUUCUUUCUUUUCAUGAUGGAGACGGAAAUAGAUGAAGGAACAAUAAAAAUGGGAUCUAAUAUGAAAGUUAACCUUUGUGCUCAAAUUGAAAUUUUUCCGAGUGGGAAAACUUAUUGUUAUCAAAAUCUCUUCAUCGUGAAGGGUUUUUUCUUUCAUUAUUACCAACAGAAAAAGAUUGUUGAGCUAAAAAGUUAG